CCAUUUCCAGCACCCACCUCUCUCUCUCUCUCCCACCCAACUCGCAAGUCGCGCACCCGAGAGGAAAAAAAAACACGACCGAGUGGAGGCAAAACCCUAGGCUGCAAGCCCCCUCCCCCCCCGGCUGAUGGUUUCGAUGAGCACGACGCCGAAGCCGCUCGACGCCGCCGUCGCGGGCGCAGGCGGAGGCGUGGAUGAGGGAGGAGGCGGAGGCGGGAAGAAGCAGCAGGGGAUGCGGGGGGUGUUGGCGAUCGCGGCGCCGCCGAUGGCGGUGCCGGCCCCGGAUCCAGCGGGGGAGGAGGCGAGGAAGACUAGGAAGCCGUACACCAUCACCAAGUCGCGGGAGAGCUGGACGGAGCCGGAGCACGACAAGUUCCUCGAGGCGCUGCAGCUUUUUGAUCGUGAUUGGAAAAAAAUUGAAGCAUAUGUUGGCUCAAAGACUGUCAUACAGAUAAGGAGCCAUGCACAGAAAUACUUUUUGAAGGUUCAGAAGAAUGGUACAGGUGAGCAUCUGCCCCCACCCCGGCCAAAGCGAAAGGCGGCUCAUCCAUAUCCCCAGAAAGCCUCAAAGAAUGUUUCUCAAGCUGUAUUAUCACAACAACUCCCUCCUCCGAGGGAGCAAGGCCCUGUUAUGUCUAUGGAUACAUCUAAUGUUGUUAGGAACACAAAUGGGAAUGCAGCGGUGCCUUCCUGGGACAAUGCUCUUGUUCAACCUUUCAGUGCAAGUCAUGUGCAAGGUGCUGUUGCAACAAAUAACUGCUCUAGUAGCAUAGAGAGCCCAUCUGGAACUUGGCCAACUUCUGAAGCAGUUGAGCAAGAAAACGCCGUUCUACCACUCCGUGUCAUGCCAGAUUUUGCCCGAGUAUACAGCUUUCUGGGAAGCAUAUUUGAUCCUGAUACUAGUGGGCAUUUGCAGAGGUUAAAGGCGAUGGAUCCAAUUGACGUUGAAACAGUACUACUGCUUAUGAGAAAUCUAUCCACGAACCUUACUAGUCCUGACUUUGAAGAACAUCGGAGGUUACUAUCAUCAUAUAGUUAUGGUGGUGGGGACCACAUUAAAUCUGAAGGCAUAGAAAAUCUUGGCUCUCCUCAGAGUUGCCAUCUCCCAUUUAUGGUAACAAGUGAAUGAGAGAACACUGCCCAUUUGUGGUCGAAGCUUCAGUUGUUCCCAUGAGGCGUUCUUGUGUGCUCCCUGUACUGGAGUUGUGGACGGCUGGUCUGGCAGUUUAUGAAUGCUAGAGACGUAAUGUGGCAGUGACAUCUGUAUAGCUUCCAAUAAUGGUCUAACCCUAAGGUAGUUUUGCUCAUCAUGUUCAUGUAGAUAGCCAGUUUUGUGUGCUCAUGUAUUUUUUUUUGUCCUCGGGUGGAGCCUAGAUCGACAUGUUUUUGUGGUACACAUCUGUGUAUGCAUGUAUGUAAAUAUGUGUGAUCAUGUAAUGCUUGAGGUACUGGGAGUCUUCGAUUAAGACAACGAUAUAUACCGAAUAAUCAGGUCGGAGGCACCCUCGACUGUAUAAUGAAGAGUUUUUCGAUUGUUGAUUUGCGUAAAA